AUGGCGCGCGCGGCGCCGCGCGCGGCCGAGGGCGCGGCCGGCGCGGCGCGCGCGACGGCGCGACGACGACGCGCGACGGCGACGCGCGGCGCGCGGGCGAGGGCGCGCGCGAGCGCGAACGAAGACGAAGACGAAGACGAAGACUUCGCGCGGUGGUUGGCGCGCGCGACGAAAGACGACGGCGUGGCGACGCGCAUCGCGCUGACCGAGCGCGGACGCGCGUUCGGGACGCGCGGCGUCGAGGCGGUGCGGGAUCUGGCGCCGGGAGAGACGCUGCUGCGCGUGCCCUGGGGGUUGGUGGUGGAGAGCGCGAGCGCGAGCGGCGACGACGACGGCGACGACGACGCGCGGUGGUCGUCCGCGAUGGCGAUGACGCUCUUGGAAGAACUGAGCGAGGGAGAGUCGAACGAACGCGCGGCGUGGUUGACGCGAUUGCCGAGACCGGCGCCGAAGACGCCGGCGUUGGAUUUCGACGACGAAGCGCUGCGGGAAAUCGAAGACGAAAGCGUCGUCGACGAGGCGUUGGCCGUGCGGCGAGCGCACGAGCGCGCGCGCGAGGCGUACGGCGAGCGAUUGGCCGCGAUCGGGGCGACGGUCGAGGAUUUGAAGUGGGCCACCGCGGUGGUGCACUCGAGAGUGUUCACGCGGCGAGACGGCGCGGCGGAGCGAGCGACGCGACUGUUGGUGCCGGGCGUGGACAUGUGUAAUCACGACGCCGCGCGCUUUAACGCCAUCGUGCGCGUGGUGACGUCGCCGGAGACGUGUCAGGGAGCGGCUGCGACGGAAGAAAUAGCAGAGAUAGCGCCGUCGUCGACGAUGGACAAGUUUUUCGAGCUCGUCGUCGACCCGGAUGGCGAAACCGUGGAAGCGGGCGAGGAAAUUUUAAUUUCCUACGGCUCGUUCCCUAACGACGUGUGGUUGAUGUAUUUCGGUUUCAUCCCGAGGGGUACCAACGUCAACGACACGUUCGUUAUUUUCGAAAACGUCGACGAAUUGGUCGCGCACGUCGCCGACGAGUUCAGGCGGGACCUCGACGCGACCACGCGGGCGCGCCUACGCGACGUCUUCGGCGACGACGCGCGCGUGAAGAUCAAGGUGGACUCAGUCGACGAAAAAUUGAUCGAGGCGUGCGAUGAUGUUCUCGGUAUUCCGUGGUUAGACGUCGUCGCCUCUCGAUGCCGCGCGUUGCUCGUCGGCGGCCGCUUUCGCACCAAAAUCAAAGACGACGUCGCCGCGCUCGCCGACCCGAACGUGUCCCCCGAAACCGCCCUCGCCGUAGAAUUCCGUCUCCGCAAAAAGCAAAUUCUCAUCGCCCCGCUCGGGCAAACGCUCGAAAAUGGUGUUACGCCGACGCGCGACGCGUACACGCGCGCGAACGACGCGCUCGCGAUGCCCGAAUCGCCGGUGAUCACGGACGCACCGGCGGUGGCGUUCUCGUCGCGAACGCUCGCGCGAAGAGAGGCCGAGUCGGGGUCGACGCCCGAGCGCGCCGAGACGACGCCGACGCCGUCGUCGCCGAGCGGCGAGCGAGACGCGGGCGAGGCUGGGGAUAGUAAAUCGAGCCCGUCGAAGGCAUCUUCGCCGAUGGACGCGAUCGGGACAGACAUGGAUGGGUACGAAGUCGUCGCCGCGCUUCGUUGUAAAACGACUGGGGACGUUUGGUACGCGCGCGUCGAUAAAGAGUUCAGGAGGAAGCACUACUAUAAUCCCGUCACGAAGGAUCGCGAGGAUUCAAAAUGGCCGUCGUGGAAAACGAUCAAAGAUCCGAACGCACACGACGUGACGUCGGACUCAGAAUCGGGAAUCGAUGACGGACGGAACGAGGGCGAAUCUUUCGUGAGCUCGACGAACGGGCGUCGGUACUCGAAGUAUUACGACAAACUGCGGGAAGAGUAUUAUUACGUCGACGAGGAGACGAAUGAAACGACGUGGGAUCACCCGGACGGCGAAGCGAUGGAAUUUAUGCAAAGGUUCGUACCAGCCGCGUUCACGAGCGCGGCCCAAGCCGUCGCGCCGACCUUCAACGCGGUCGCCGAACGAACCGUUACGCACGAAGAACACGUCGAGUUGAAAUUAGCCAAGAUGUUGCUCGUAGAAGAGAAGUGGUUCGAGAAACAGCCGGCGUCUAAAAACGUGCCCGGGCGACCGGAAGUUUUUGAAGGCGUCUACAGCGAACGCGAACGGUUUUGGGAUCCAGAGGCGGAUACGUACUCGGUGGAUAACAACGAGGGAUCAGAGCACGGUAUGGAGAUUUUCGAAGAGGCGUACGAGGCCGAGGACGCGCUCGAGCGCUACACAUCGGCGGUAGAUUUGGCGACACCGGAAGACAUGCGUCCAAUGAACGUGGCGAGAGAUUAUUUUACCAAUCUACUCCUCAUCAUGUUCGAAAUGACGGAAGAGGAGCAGGACUUUGCGUUUGCCGAGAAGCGAGCGACGGAAAACACACGGGGGGUGCAAAAGUUUACUCACAAAGGGCAUCGAGUCGUCGGCGUUCGACGAUUGUCUCUUGAGAAAGCCCCUGAAAUCGCUGACGAGAUCCAAUUUGAGAAGUCGCGCGCGAAUGCGUCCGCGAAACUCUCCAUCAAGCGAUUACAGUUUGACCCAGACACGCCGGAGAACGUCAAGUCACUUUUCUACCGACGUCUCGCCGCGCCGAUGGGCGGAAUGUUCAGAGCCGCAACGAUACUCCAGCGCGUCGACACGGGUAGCGAUCGGCCGCAUUUUGGAGGCGCUGGAAGUUCGAUCGAAAGCGAUAAUGCGAGCGAAGCGUCGUCAACUGCCAUAGCGAACGCGCCGAAGAAGGUUGCCACCGCGGGCGUCGGCGAUGAACACGCGUCGGAUCGUCUCGAUUUCGACGCUUCCUCGAGCGGUAGCGAUAACGCCGCAGACGACGAAAAGCAGCGAUCGAAACCUCCGAAACGUCGCGGUUUAUUCGGCAAACUCUUCGCGUCUUCUGAGUCGAAGCGCGAGAGACGCGAAGCGAAGAAGAACGCCGAGCAAGAACGCAAGAACGCCGAGCAAGAACGCAAGGACGAGCAGGACUUGCUCGCCAGCGGCGCGCUCGCGUGCGCGGUGUCGACGGCAUCGAGCGCGUGCAUCGCUCAGUCGUCGUUCGCUGCGCCCAACGGUGGACUUUCGGACGCGUGGGGCGCGAUCACGGGCGCACCGAGCGAUUUGGUUUUCCCUCGCGCGUUUGAGGGCAACUGGUUGACGACGAGUCGCACGGCGAGCGUGGACGCGCCGCUCGGCAUGGAGUUCAUUCGCGACGUCGACGCGUUUGAAAGAUUGAAAGGAGAAGUGGACGCCACGGCGCGCGAACCAUUCGUGUACCCGGUGCGAUUCAUGGAGAAUGGACGCGGGGAGACGGUGUUCGAUCGCGCGUUCAACGUCAGAGCGUUGGCGGAGGCGUCUCGAGGAUCCGGAGGGAAGCGCGCGCUCGAUGGUGAGAUCGAAUGGAACGUCGACGACCCGAAUGUGUUGAAACUCGUCACCGGGGACGGUGCGAGCGUGUUUUAUAAAGUCACUGCGCGGUCGAGCGACAGAGACGACGACGCGAGAACGAUGACGACGUCCGAGCUCGCGCAAAUCGUCGUCGACCGUGGUCGCGUCGGCGCCGAACCGCGCGUGAAAUCGACGCGCAUCGUCACAAAGUACAAGUGGCGCACGCCCGAGGAAGCGAAAUCAGGUCCCCAAAUCGUCGCUUCGCAAACCGUGUAUGAAUAUUUGGUCGCCGUUGGCGGCGGCGAAGACGCCGACGAGACCUUCGUCAAGGCGCGCGGUCGCCCCGUCGAGGUCGACGUCUACCGCAUCGCCAUGCAGCCGUGGACGGAGGAAUUUUUUUAA